AUGCAGAGGCAGCGCAGCGGAAGCGGCACCAUGAAGAAGACCCCGAGCCACGACAAUGUCCAGAAACUGACGGCAGCUGAGAUACAGCAGCUGACCAACGAGCCCAAGUCUCUGCCUGUAGCACCAGCGCCUGCGUCCAGCUUUGUCGACGAGCGCGAGGCGAUUCGACAGGCGCUCAUGAGACCGCCGGAUAUGCGUCCAGACGAGGCCUUCCGCCAGCUCCACGGCUAUACCGCAGUGCCCAGGGAAGCCCGAACGCCUAUGCGACGAUCCGUGUCCGCCUCGAGGACCGUCUCGACGCCGCCGACGAGCCGAGAUGGCCAUGUGGUGGUGGUACAACCUUCCGCGUCUCCUCGACGGUUAUCCUUUGCUCAGGGCCUGCAGUUGAAUCUCGACGGCGUCAAUGGCGGCGCAAACGGGAGCGUGGUAUCGCCGCCCAUCAAGACCGGGCCGCCGGCCUUUGCGACGCAACAGCCUGUCCAGCCUCCCAACUCCGGCGUCCGGCCACCCUCUCCGAUUCCUCCUAUCAUUCCUCUCCCUCCAAUGUCGAUUCCCACCCAUCUACAGCUCGAACUGGCCCAGCAACGCCCUAGUCCUCUCUAUAUACACCAAUCUUACACAAACGACGUUCCGUACGAGUCCCACGCCGUCAAGUUCGAGCGUCUCAAGAAUGUCCUCCUGAUCCCCCCGUUCCUAGAGCGCACUCUCUACUUUGGUGCGCUUGCCUGUCUAGACGCCUGGCUACACACAUUCACUAUCCUGCCCAUCAGGUUCACCAUGGCCCUCGCCGUUCUAGUGCGGUGGUGGAUCUACGUCAUCUUCAAAGAGGUCAAGUGGCUGGUUGGCUUCGUCUGGUACGGCCUUGGCCGGCUGUGGAGACGAGCGCGAGCGGUUCGGGGCCGCAGGAUUAGUGAUGCCUCCGACAGUGGCCGCUCGCGUAGCUGUAGCAGAGCCAGCGAGGUCUCUGUCGAUGGCAUGUCGCCCAGCAUACGGCAACGUCCGAAUGGGAUCCGCGCAGAUUCGCGUGUCCGCAGCAGCGACACUCCCACAAAGGUGCCAUCGCUUUCGGCCCGUCGCCCGGGACCAAAGUCCGGCUCGUUCCGCCAUCGACGGACCAAAUCGAUGCCGUCCAACCUCUCGUCGUUUCACAAGGCCGAUCUACUGCAGGGCGCCGUCAUCAUAUGCAGCUCACUUGUGCUGAUGAAUCUAGACGCCAGCAGAAUGUACCAUCUUAUCCGCGCACAGUCAGCCAUUAAGCUAUACGUCGUAUACAACAUCCUGGAAGUUGGCGACAAGCUGUUGUCAGCCCUGGGCCAGGAUAUCCUCGAGUGUCUGUUCAGCUCCGAGACGCUGUCCCGCAACUCGUCGGGUCGGUCCAAGGUUCUCUUGCCCCUGGGAAUGUUUGUUCUCGCCCUGAUAUACUGCGUCCUCCAUUCUAUCGCCUUGUACUAUCAAGUCAUUACACUCAACGUCGCCGUCAACUCCUAUUCCAACGCUCUCCUCACUCUCCUCCUAUCCAAUCAGUUUGUCGAAAUCAAAAGCACCGUCUUCAAGCGCUUCGAAAAAGACAGCCUCUUCCAGCUGACCUGCGCCGACAUCGUGGAGCGCUUCCAGCUCUGGGUCAUGCUCCUCAUCAUCGGCAUGCGCAACAUUGUCGAGGUCGGCGGCCUUUCGGUUCCAGGAGCCGGUAUGAACGACACUCCCACGAAAGCAGCGCCCCUCCAUUCGCCUAGCAUUCUUCCUCAUAGUUUCACCGUUUUGCCGUCCUGGGUCAUGUCGGGAGAGGUCCUGUCGCCGUUCCUCAUUGUUGUGGGCAGCGAGAUGCUUGUAGACUCCAUCAAGCAUGCGUACGUGACCAAGUUCAACAACAUGAAGCCCAAGUUUUACAGCAGGAUCCUCGACAUCUUGUGCAAGGACUACUAUACCAACGCCUUUACAGCUCCAUCCCUCACCAGGCGUCUCGGCCUCGCCGUCAUCCCCCUAUCAUGCCUCUUCAUCCGCGCCUCCAUCCAGACAUACCACAUGCUCCUCUCCGCCCACAUCCCCAUGCCCCUCCCCAUAUCCACGCAGACCUCCCUCACGGAAGCCUCCGCAACGCCCUCGUCGCCCGCCAUGAUCGCCGCCCUCAACCGCUUCGACUCCCUCAUUCGCGACUCCCUUGGCCGGGCUACCUACGGCUAUCCGUUUGACCACCCGCUCAAUUCUCGUCCCUGGUACAUAUGGACCUCCGACGACGUCAUCGCCGCCGUCACUAUGGUCGUCGUCUUCUUCAUCAUUUUUCUUGUCUUGCUUAUUCUUAAGCUCCUGCUGGGUAUGGUUCUUCUCAAGUACGCGCGGAAUCGCUACGCAAAGAUGAAGCAUAAAGAAGCCCUCGUCGCAGCAGGCAAGGCAGAAAUAGACAAUUACAAAGCUAAUGGUGUUCGCGUCGGUGGUUUUGGCGAGGUCGAGGUCACGGAGGACAAGAGGCGCUGGAUCAACGCCGAUGUCAACGAGGGCUUGAAGAAGAGGAAGAAGGGGGAUGAUAAGAAGGGUGCUACUCCGGAGGGGGAUUACCAGGGUGUAUUUCGAUAUGACAUGGUUGAAAAGAGGAUUUGGUAA